AUGCUGAAAAAUCGUCCUAAGAGCAUACCUGAGAGUCAUUUUCGCAAGUUAAUUGCUUAUUGGAGAACUGAGAAAGUUAAGAAAAAUAGGGCACAACAAAAAUUUAGGCAUCAAAAGGGACCAAUAAAUUUUGCAAGAAUACGUGCAAGAUUGGCUGCUUCUAAGGAAAAUAAUGAACCACCUACUCAAGCAGAAAUGUUUGUUGAGACUCGCCAAAGCACAAAGGGAAAAUCAUUGGAUGAAGACACUCUGGAUGUUAUUGCACAUUUGCAAGCUGAGAAUAAAAAGUCUAAAGAAUCAGAAAUUAGAGCUUUCCAAUCCAUAUUUGGGAAAGAGAAGACAGGGAGAGUGCGAUGUCACGGAAGAGUAACCACACCAACUUUGUUGAAGAAAAAAGAGGAAAUUGCCACCCUUAAGCAGUAACAUGCAACUGAGAAAGCAACAUUAGAGAAUAAGGUUGAUGUGAUGCAAAAAGAAGUAGAUGAACUAAAAUCGCUUGUUAAGAUGAUGCUGCAACAAAAAAACUCAGGAGUGGACCUUGACAUGUUAGUUGCUCAAUUAGGAAGCACUUUAGGGAAUCCGAACAAUGAUGCGCAUGAAGAG